AUGGUCGAGAGGCCGGCGUCGGGGCAGCUGAGCGCGCUGGAGACGCUGGCGGUGAGGCCUGGCACCGAGGAGCAGUACCGCAGGAUCUUGCAGGAGUUCGUGGCGUUCUGUUCCGCGAACCACCUGGACUGGAAAAGUCUCGGCCAACUGGGCGAGGUCACCACCAGAUUCCUGAACUACCAGUUCGCUCAGGGCGCGCCGGCGAGCCAAGGGUCGUUGCUCCUGGCCUCGCUUGCCCACUUUUUACCGGGCCUCCAGGGCUCGUGGAAGGCCCGGCUGCCUCGGGCCACGAGGAGAUCUGUGGCGUGGCAGCGUCGGGUGCCCGCGAUGACCAGGGUGCCGCUGCCGUACUGCGCCGCCGUGGCCCUGGCCGGCCUGCUGGCCAUCAGCGGGCGGCGGCGCAUGGCGAUGUGGAUCUUGCUCUCGUUCAGCUGCUACCUGAAGCCCUUCGAGGCGCAAGGGCUCCGCGGAGUCUCGCUGGUGCGGCCCGCCGCGGAGGCAGGGCGCCCGGGGAAGACAGGCCUGUUCAACGAGAGCGUCGUGAUCGACCUCGACCUGCACCUCUGGUCGCUGCUCAGCGCGCUGAAGGACGUUGUGGGCCCCGAGCAGAGCCUCUGGGACUUCACCCUGCCGGCGCUGCGCGAGCAGUUCAAGGCGUUCGCCGGCCUGCUGAAGCUGGGCGCCCUCAGCCCGACGCUGUGCGCGCUGCGGUACGCAAAGGAGGCUUACCUGCAGGAGGCCAUGACCCGCGUGCCGGACUGGGUCUUCACGUUCGGGCGGGUCGUUCACGCCAACCUGCAGCAGAUUGUCGAGCUCGGACCAGGCGUCCGGCACCACCCGCGCGUGUGGCAGCUGCUCCCGGCACUCGUCCAGGCGCUGAUCGCUACCGGGCUGCCGUAG